AUGCGUUUCACCAUCGUCGCCGCUCUCCUCGCCGCUACUGCCAACGCAGUACGUAUCCCCGAAAACGAGCCCGAUGGAAUCUACAUGCUCGACCUAGGCGAAGGCCCCGUCGCACGCCGCGGCGGCAGCUACACCUUGAUUGAAGAGUUCAACAAAACGGCAACCGAGCACAAGCGGAGCGGAUACACCCUUCUCGAAGAAUUCGAGAAGCCGUCGGAAGAGAAGCGCUCCCUAGACUCGCCUCAGACCUCGUGCCUAGCCAACACGAAGCUAGACGGCGUCAACUACCAGCAAGCCACAUCUCUAUUCAAGACGCGAGCCGGCGCGGGCGACAAGAUCCCCGGCGGGAAGGGUAUCGCGUCCAAGUACGGCAGCGUCAUCGUUUAUGCUUGCAGCUGGAGAGGCGACAACCCGAUUGCCUCGGGUGAGAUCGACGAGGCGAUGGGCAAGAUUGAUACUGACUGCCAUACCCUUCAAGCUGGCGCUUGUGGCAUGGAGCCUUGGGGGAAGAACUACGGACGGGACAACAUUGCCAACCAGGUCUGCUGGGGUCAUGGCCUCUCAUGA